AUGUCGAUUGGUACAUUCGCCGAGCUCAGCAGGUCAUUCUUGACUCAGUUCAUAGUCGGCAAGAAGACUCGAAAGCCCGCUGCCCACUUGCUAACCUUCAAGCAGAAGAGUGGAGAGUCGUUGAAAGAUUACAUCUCCCGGUUCAACGAAGAGGCACUGCAGGUGGACGACUAUGAUGAUAAAAUGGCAUUGUCCACCCUAGUCAAUGGACUCAAGGAGGGCAUAUUCCUGCUCUCGAUAGGGAAGAACCCUCCUUCAACUCUUAGCGAGCUCAUCAGUCGGGCGCAGAAGUACACUAAUGCUGAAGAAUUCUUCAGCUUGCGAAAGAAUAACGAGGCCGCUGAGUCCUCGUCUAAAGGUAAGAGGCAGAGGGACGAGGCACACCAGCGCAUGGAUAAGAGAAGGUCUGAUGAAAAUGCCUCCCAAGAUAAGAGGCCAAGCCGAAAGCCUGAGAGGAAGUUUAAUUCAUAUACCCCUCUCAACACAUCCCCGGAACAGAUCCUACUAGACAUCCGAGAUAAGAGGCUGUUGCAUUGGCCGAGUUGCAUGAAGACUGAUGCUAGUCAGCGCGACAAACGCAAGUACUGGCGGUUCCAUCGCGACCAUGGCCAUAAUACCACUGGCUACGUUGAUCUGAAGGAUGAAAUUAAGACUCGCAUCCGCAAGGGUCAUCUGAAGCAGUAUACGAAAGAAGAGAAAUAG